UUAUUAAAUAUUAAUAUGUCAUAUAUUAUAAUCGUUACGUAUUAAUCUACGAUUACCUCCCCCUAAACCCCUUCUCCAAAGCUUGCUCCGUUUUUUCAGCGGUUGUCGUCAGUCGUUCAGUAGUAGUUAGUGCGCACACUUUUGUCUUUGGUGGUGGCGAAAACUGAUAACGCAUAAAUGCACAAUAGUCGUUUAUCGUUUUAUCUGAUUAAUCGCGCCGUGUCGCCCGAACCGGCUGUGAAAUAUUCGCCGUUCGUGUUUGUUUAGUACUUUACUACUUUGUGUCCGCAAUUCCGCAUUCACGUACGCGCGCUCACCACUGCCGCCCGUUCGCUCUUUCACACCAGCUGACCGUCGCGUCGUCGUCACCUACUGACCCACCGCCACAGCCGUCUUAUAUCGUUUGUCUACGGAGAUAAUAGCCAAACCUUUCGAUCGUUUUGAUUGUCUUCAAGCUAUCUGUCCGUCGUUCCAUUUAUUCAACCGCACACAAAACCAAUAAUGUCGGUUUCGGCCGUUAACAGGAUUGGCCUCAGGGCCAAGAUAUGGAAUUCACUGACAGGACGGGUUGGUCCCAAGACCUAUUUCACCUAUACGCCUCAAGUGUCGCAGGUGUUGGAUCGAGAACCGAAGUGGGUGUCUGCCGACGAAGCCGUCCAGUGUAUCAAGUCUGAUGAUACAGUUUUUGUGAGUGGUGCUGCUACUACACCAAUUGAAAUUCUCCGUAGUAUGACUGAUCAUGGAAAACAAAAGCAAUUAAAAAAUAUACGCGUAUGUAGCAUUCACACUGAAUUUGAGUCACCUUAUUCAUCUCCAGAAUGUGAAGGAAUAUUUCGACCAAUGGCUUUUUUUAUUAGUUCCAAUAUGAGGAAGUGUAUAAAUGAAGGUCGUGGUGAUGCUGUGCCAAUAUUUUUACAUGAUAUACCCUAUGUAUUUGAACGAAAUGUUAUACCAGUAGAUGUAUCAAUUAUUUCGGUAUCACCCCCUGAUCAUCAUGGUUUUUGCAGUCUUGGUACAAGUGUGGAUUGCAUUCGUUCAGCUUUAGGAAAAUCAAAAGUAAUUAUUGCACAAGUAAAUAAUUGUAUUCCACGCACUUUUGGUGAAGCUAUCAUUCAUCAAUCACAUAUUGAUUAUGCCGUCAGAUGUGAUCGUGAGUUACCAGCUCACGAACACAAAGAUCCAAAUCCUACCGAAACAGCUAUUGGCAAACAUAUUGCUGAUAAUCUUGUUGAAGAUGGUGCCACAUUACAAAUGGGUAUUGGUGCAAUUCCAGAUGCCACUCUCACCUGCCUUAAAGGUCAUAAGGAUUUAGGAAUCCAUUCAGAAAUGUUCAGUCUUGGAGUUAUUGAUCUAGUAAAGUCAGGAGUUAUAACCAAUCAUAAUAAAACAUUUGACAAAGGAUUGAUUGUAACAAGUUUCUUAAUGGGCAACAAGAAGUUGUAUGAUUUUGUUGAUAACAAUCCAUUAAUAUGUAUGAGGCAAGUGUCAUAUACCAAUAAUGUACAUAUAAUAUCUCAACAACCUAAAAUGACCGCAAUUAAUUCCUGUAUUGAAGUAGACUUGACUGGACAAAUUGUGUCUGGAUCUAUUGGAUAUAGAUUAUACUCGGGGUAUGGCGGUCAAGUAGAUUUCAUUAGAGGAGCCGCUGAAGGUUUCGACGGUAAGGGUAAGCCUAUUAUUGCCCUAGGUUCUGUGAAUCCAAAAACUAAAGACGCCAGAGGUUUACCCAGUAGUAAAAUUGUGCCAAAAAUUCAAGAAGGAGCUACGGUUGUUACUACUAGUGCACAUGCCCAUUAUAUUGUAACUGAGUUUGGUGUUGCCUCAUUAUUUGGAAAGAGUUUGAGACAACGAGCACAUGCCUUGAUAAAUAUAGCCCAUCCUGACCAUAGAGAAUGGUUAGAAAAAGAAGCAUUUAACCGUUUAAAAGUUAUGCCAAGUGCAUAAGUAUAAUAUGUAUUUAACAUUUCAAUGUAUUACUAUUUUUUGUUUAAUUAAUAAUCAUAUUAUCCGAAUAAUUCAUUAAUUACAUUGAUACAUGAUUUAUUCUUAUUUAUUUGCUUAAUACAUCUCAUAUCAAGUUUAAAUUGAUUGAUAAUACAUUGUAAUUCGUAAUUGGUUUAUUUUUUAAUUAUUUUUUUUACCAAAACACAUUUGUUAUUGAAUCAUUAAUAUAAUAUUCAUUUAAAAAUUAAUAUUGUCCAUAAAGAAAUUUAUGAAAUAAAAAUUGUUUUAUAAACAUGAUGUAUAUUUCUAUGUAGUAUGGAAAUAGUAUUGUGGAUCUCAAUAAUGUUAUUAAAAAAAAAUCUAAAAUUGUAUAAUUUUGUCUGUUUAUACAGAUCAUACCUAGUAUAUUGCUAUAAUCAAGGAGUAAAUUAUUCUAUUUUCAUAUAAACAAAUAUUUAUAGAUAUGUAAUAAAUUUAUUUUGACUAUUAUGUGUAAAGCAUUAAUUAAAGUUGUAAUGUUUACUAUUGUAUUAAAAAUAGCAUAAAUGAAAAGUAAGAUAGUUGUUUAUGUAUAACAUAUCUUUUGAAAUAAUAUAUUCAGUGCUUGUCAAAAAUUGAUUAUCAAGUAAUGAUUAUUAAAGUUAAUAAAGAUAAAGAUUCAAAUUUGUA